CACCGUGGGAGUUAUUGAUCAGUUGUCUGCUAGAAGAAGCCACAGUCAUCUGACAGAGGAAACGGACACCACCGUUCGAGCGCAAGUCUUCCUCUGCCCCCCUGGCAGGUCGUCUCGCCUCGCCCCGCCCCUUCGCCCGGACUCAACAUGGCCUUCUGCGGUUACAAAUUCUCGCUGUGCCUCCUGCUGAUCAGCUGCUGGGGCUUGGUGCAGCUGCUGUUAAUGGGGAUGCUGUUCUACUGCGAGACACCUGCUUUCCUGGAGGACCUGCCGCUGACGGGGCCCUACGAGAACAUCGGCCAGUACAUGAAUGACGUCCACCACGGUUUCGGAACCAAUGCUCUCAACUGCCUGAUCGCCGCCUGCCUCUACAUCAUCACCCUGGGCGUCUCCGGCUGGCAGUUCUAUCUCAACCAGAAGACGACUUAUCAGGUGUAGGCCUAGGCAGGGUGCGCUGGUUGAAGGGGUAGGGGUACCCUGGGUGGAGGCCUGUGUAAAGGCUACCAGCUGUGCUCGGGCUACCAGCAGUGAUCUAUGCAUGGACUACCAUCUGUAGACCUAGCACCCGUAGGCCUAUGCACGGUCUACCAGCUGUAGACCUCUGCAUUUGAGAAACGUAAGGAUGUGAGUGAAGCCUAGACGUGCAGCCAAGAUUGUGGAAUAGUUUUCUUUAUUUUCAAGAAAGAACUUUGUAUAAAUAAUUUAUUGUGUAUGCAGUGAGCUCGAAUGACUGAUGGCUGAACUUUCACCUACAAGACGUAUUUUUUGUUGGUGUAUGUUCUGAAAGGAAUGCAUAACGUGGUUGUCACUUAAUGAAUUAGUUAAAUACACACUUGCAGAGAUAUGUGCACGCGAUCGUGUGUGCGUACAUACACGCAUAUCUACACACACAUCGAAACAGAGAGAGAGAGAGAGAGAGAGAGAGAGAGAGAGAGAGAGAGAGAGAGAGAGAGAGAGAGAGAGAGAGAGAGAGAGAGAGAGAGAGAGAGAGAGAUAUUUAUCUCUAGAAAGAAAGAAAGAGAUUUGUAAGUAGACAGAUUUAGUAAGGACGAGUGAUAUACAUAUAUAUGUAUAUACAAAUAUCUAUGGUUUUCAAUGUACAGCAUUCAAUUCAGUAUGUCUCUAGUCUCCAUUCCAGUCAAAAAAUGUUAUCCUCAAUCUUAGCAUUUAGAGAGAGUGUGAGUGUAUAUUGUUUGUGCCUCAUGAAUGUCUAAUUAGUGCACAAACUCAUUCCUUCAGUAUGUCCGUAUCCCUCCGCCUUCUCUAACAAUGAUAUCAUUAAAACAAUGAUACUGUAAUCUUAAACUGAUCUCAUUAAAAGCCAAAGAAUGUUGUGAUGUCUUUCUUGUGUCUAGGAUCUCAAAAAAAAAGUAAUAAUAAUAAUGUGAAUUUUGUGGCAGUUAAUAGGAUCUCAAGUGAAAGUUGGUCAAGAAAAGUAAAUAUAUAUUGCGUAAGUGUCUGUGCAUCGUUAUGUAUAUAGUGUUUUAAAUACAAUAAAUACCUA